CACUCCAAUCGGCCGACAUAUUGAAAAAAAUUGCUCCGUGCGUUAAAUCGAGGCGCUCCGUGAAAAUUGCGAGAAACUACUGAAAAUCAAUAGUUUAAUUAACAAAUUAACAGUGAACGAUCACGUUUUCCAUCAAAGUUUGUGCACGGUCAAACAUUUGAUGAAGAGGAAGCACCAGCAGCAGUAUUAAAUUAAAAUAAAUCAGCGCCCAGAGAAGCUUAAGCAAUAUCAAUAUCGAAACGAACGAAACACUCAAGAAACUAGACAAAUAAACGAACCAUCAAAAUGGAGAACUUCACACCCAAGGAGGUGAAGAUCCUCGAGACAGUCGAGGACAUCCAGGAGCGACGUGAGCAGGUCCUGUCGCGCUACAAUGACUUUAAGAUCGAGACGCGUCAGAAGCGUGAGAAGCUCGAGGACUCGCGUCGCUUCCAGUACUUCAAGCGCGACGCCGAUGAGCUGGAGUCGUGGAUUCACGAGAAGCUGCAGGCGGCCAGCGAGGAGAGCUACCGCGAUCCGACCAACCUGCAGGCCAAGAUCCAGAAGCACCAGGCCUUCGAGGCCGAGGUGUCGGCCCACAGCAACGCCAUUGUCUCGCUCGACAACACCGGCCAGGAGAUGAUCAACCAGCAGCACUUUGCCUCCGAGUCGAUCCAGGUUCGCCUCGACGAACUGCACAAGCUGUGGGAGCUGCUCCUCAGCCGCCUGGCCGAGAAGGGCCUCAAGCUGCAGCAGGCUCUCGUCCUGGUGCAGUUCCUUCGCCAGUGCGAGGAGGUGAUGUUCUGGAUCAAGGACAAGGAGACCUUUGUCACCGCCGACGAGUUUGGUCAGGAUCUGGAGCAUGUGGAGGUGCUGCAGCGCAAGUUCGAUGAAUUCCAGAAGGACAUGGCUUCGCAGGAGUACCGCGUGACUGAGGUCAACCAGCUGGCCGACAAGUUGGUGCAGGACGGUCAUCCAGAGCGCGAUACGAUCACCAAGCGCAAGGAGGAGCUGAACGAGGCUUGGCAACGUCUGAAGCAGCUGGCCAUUGUGCGCCAGGAGAAGCUCUUCGGCGCCCACGAGAUCCAGCGUUUUAACCGCGAUGCUGACGAAACCGUCGCCUGGAUUGCCGAGAAGGAUGUGGUGCUCUCGUCCGAUGACUAUGGCCGGGAUUUGGCCAGUGUUCAGGCACUGCAGCGCAAGCACGAAGGAGUCGAGCGCGAUUUGGCCGCCCUGGAGGACAAGGUCUCCACCCUGGGAGCCGAGGCCCAGCGCCUGUGCUCAAUCCACGCCGAUCACAGCGACCAGAUCCGCGACAAACAGGCCGAGAUCGCUAACUACUGGCAGAGUCUCACCACCAAGGCCCGCGAGCGCAAGCAGAAGUUGGAUGAAUCCUACUACCUGCACCGUUUCCUCGCCGACUUCCGCGACCUGGUGUCCUGGAUCAACGGCAUGAAGGCCAUCAUUUCAGCCGACGAGCUGGCCAAGGAUGUGGCUGGAGCAGAGGCCCUCCUGGAGCGCCACCAGGAGCACAAGGGCGAGAUCGAUGCCCGCGAGGACAGCUUCAAGCUGACCACCGAGUCCGGACAGAAGCUGUUGGAGCGUGAGCACUACGCCGCCGCCGAGAUACAGGAGAAGCUCGCCGCUCUGGAGAACGACAAGAGCUCGCUGCUGUCGCUGUGGGAGGAUCGUCGCAUCCUGUACGAGCAGUGCAUGGAUCUGCAGCUCUUCUACCGCGAUACGGAGCAGGCUGACACCUGGAUGGCCAAGCAGGAGGCCUUCCUGGCCAACGAGGACCUAGGUGAUUCCUUGGACUCAGUGGAGGCGCUGAUUAAGAAGCACGAGGACUUUGAGAAGAGUCUGGCCGCCCAAGAGGAGAAGAUCAAGGCUCUGGACAUCUUUGCCACCAAGCUGAUCGAUGGCCAGCACUAUGCCGCCGACGAUGUCGCCCAGCGCCGCCAGAUGCUCCUUGCCCGGCGGGCUGCCCUCCAGGAGAAGUCCUCGAGGCGUCGCCAGCUGCUGGAUGACUCCAACCGAUACCAGCAGUUCGAGCGCGAUUGUGACGAGACCAAGGGCUGGAUCAGCGAGAAGCUUAAGUUCGCUACGGAUGACAGCUAUCUGGAUCCCACCAACCUGAACGGCAAGAUGCAGAAGCACCAGAACUUUGAGCACGAGCUAAAUGCCAACAAGUCGCGCAUCGAGGACAUCACCAACGUGGGCACCGAGCUAAUCGAGAAGCAGCACUACGCCGCCGACCAGAUCAACACCCGCAUGCAGGAGAUCGUGGUGCUAUGGGAGACCCUCGUCCAGGCUUCGGACAAAAAGGGAACCAAGCUGAACGAGGCCUGUCAGCAGCAGCAGUUUAACCGCACCAUCGAGGACAUUGAGCUGUGGUUAAGCGAGAUCGAAGGCCAGCUGUUGUCCGAGGAUCACGGCAAGGACCUGACCUCCGUGCAGAACCUGCAGAAGAAGCACGCCCUGCUGGAGGCCGAUGUGAUGGCCCACCAGGAUCGCAUUGAGAGCAUCAAGGUGGCGGCCAACAAGUUCAUCGAGUCCGGUCACUUUGAUGCGGACAACAUUCGCAACAAGGAGGGAAAUCUCUCGGCUCGCUAUGCCGCCUUGGCUGCCCCCAUGGGCGAGAGGAAGCAGCAUCUGUUGGACUCGCUCCAGGUGCAGCAGCUCUUCCGUGACUUGGAGGACGAGGCUGCCUGGAUCCGCGAGAAGGAACCCAUUGCUGCAUCCACGAACCGCGGUCGUGACUUGAUUGGUGUGCAGAAUCUGAUCAAGAAGCACCAGGCUGUGCUGGCCGAGAUCAACAACCACGAAGCCAGGUUGCUGAAUGUGAUCAGCUCGGGCGAGAACAUGCUGAAGGAUCAGCCCUUCGCCAGCGAUGACAUCCGUCAGCGCCUGGAGGCCCUCCAGGAGCAGUGGAACACGUUGAAGGAGAAGUCCAGCCAGCGCAAGCAGGAUUUGGACGACUCCCUGCAGGCUCACCAGUACUUUGCCGAUGCUAACGAGGCGGAGUCGUGGAUGCGCGAGAAGGAACCGAUUGCCACGGGCAGUGACUACGGCAAGGACGAGGAUUCCUCGGAGGCUCUGCUCAAGAAGCACGAGGCUCUGGUCUCCGAUCUGGAAGCCUUUGGCAACACCAUCCAGGCGCUGCAGGAGCAGGCCAAGAACUGUCGCCAGCAGGAGACGCCCGUUGUGGACAUUACCGGCAAGGAGUGCGUGGUGGCUCUCUACGACUACACUGAGAAGUCCCCACGUGAGGUCUCGAUGAAGAAGGGCGAUGUUUUGACCCUGCUCAACUCGAACAACAAGGACUGGUGGAAGGUGGAGGUCAACGAUCGCCAGGGCUUCGUCCCGGCCGCUUACAUCAAGAAGAUCGAAGCCGGUUUGAGUGCCUCGCAACAGAACCUGGUGGACAACCAUUCGAUUGCCAAGCGCCAGAACCAGAUCAACUCGCAGUACGACAACUUGCUGGCCCUCGCCCGCGAGCGCCAGAACAAGCUGAACGAGACCGUGAAGGCCUACGUCCUGGUGCGUGAGGCUGCCGACCUGGCCCAAUGGAUCCGCGACAAGGAGAACCACGCCCAGAUCGCCGAUGUUGUGGGCGAGGAUCUGGAGGAGGUGGAGGUGCUCCAGAAGAAGUUCGACGACUUUAACGACGACCUCAAGGCCAACGAGGUGCGACUGGCCAACAUGAACGAGAUUGCCGUGCAGCUGACUUCCCUGGGUCAGACGGAGGCCGCCCUGAAGAUCCAGACCCAGAUGCAGGACCUGAACGAGAAGUGGAACAACCUGCAGACGCUGACCGCCGAAAAGGCCAGCCAGCUGGGCUCCGCCCACGAGGUGCAGCGUUUCCACCGCGACAUCGAUGAGACCAAGGAUUGGAUUGCCGAGAAGGCCAAUGCCCUGAACAACGACGACUUGGGCAAGGAUCUGCGCAGUGUUCAGACCUUGCAGCGCAAGCACGAAGGCGUGGAACGCGACUUGGCCGCUCUGCGAGAUAAGAUCCGCCAGCUGGACGAGACCGCCAACAGGCUGAUGCAGUCGCAUCCGGACACCGCCGAGCAGACGUACGCCAAGCAGAAGGAGAUCAACGAGAUGUGGGACCAGAUCAUCACCAAGUCCACUGCCCGCAAGGAGAAGCUGCUGGACUCGUACGAUCUGCAGCGCUUCCUCAGCGACUACCGCGAUCUGCUGGCCUGGAUCAACUCGAUGAUGAGCCUGGUCACCUCCGACGAGCUGGCCAACGAUGUCACCGGAGCCGAGGCUCUGAUCGAGCGUCAUCAGGCACGCCGUGCUGAGAUUGAGUUCACACUGGGCAGCAGCUCGGCUCCUAAGGCCACCGCCUCGACCACCAGCAUCGCAUCUCCAUCCGGCGACGAGGAACAUCGCACGGAGAUCGAUGCCCGCGCCGGAACCUUCGGCGCCUUCGAGCAGUUCGGACACGAGCUGCUGCAGUCCAACCACUACGCCUCGCCGGAAAUCAAGGAGAAGAUCGAGGAUCUGGCCAAGGCCCGCGAGGAUCUGGAGAAGGCAUGGACCGAGCGUCGGCUGCAGCUGGAGCAGAACUUGGAUCUGCAGCUGUACAUGCGCGACUGCGAGUUGGCCGAGUCCUGGAUGUCGGCCCGCGAGGCCUUCCUCAACGCGGACGAUGAUGCCAAUGCCGGCGGCAAUGUGGAGGCGCUGAUUAAGAAGCACGAGGACUUCGACAAGGCCAUCAACGGGCAUGAGCAGAAGAUUGCUGCCCUGCAGACGGUGGCCGAUCAGUUGAUCGCCCAGAACCACUACGCCUCCAAUUUGGUGGACGAAAAGCGCAAGCAAGUGUUGGAGCGCUGGCGCCACCUCAAGGAUGGUCUGAUCGAGAAGCGCUCCCGGUUGGGAGAUGAGCAGACGCUGCAGCAAUUCUCGCGCGACGCCGAUGAGAUUGAGAACUGGAUCGCCGAGAAGCUGCAGCUGGCCACCGAGGAAAGCUACAAGGAUCCGGCCAACAUCCAGUCAAAGCACCAGAAGCACCAGGCUUUCGAGGCCGAGCUGGCCGCCAACGCCGAUCGCAUCCAGAGCGUGCUGGCCAUGGGCGGAAACUUGAUCGACAAGAAGCAGUGCAGUGGGUCGGAGGACGCAGUGCAGAAGCGGCUGACGCAGAUCGCCGAUCAGUGGGAGUACCUCACCCACAAGACGACCGAGAAGUCGCUAAAACUGAAGGAGGCGAACAAGCAGCGCACUUAUAUCGCUGCUGUCAAGGAUUUGGACUUCUGGUUGGGCGAGGUCGAGAGUCUUUUGACCACUGAGGAUUCUGGUAAGGAUUUGGCAUCUGUCCAAAACCUCAUGAAGAAGCAUCAGUUGGUCGAGGCGGAUAUCGUGGCGCACGAAGACCGCAUCAAGGACAUGAACAACCAGGCCGAUUCCUUGGUGGAGAGCGGCCAGUUCGACACUGCCGGCAUCCAGGAGAAGCGCCAGAGCAUCAAUGAGCGCUACGAGCGGAUCUGCAACUUGGCGGCCCACCGCCAGGCCCGUCUCAACGAGGCCCUGACCCUGCACCAGUUCUUCCGCGACAUUGCCGACGAGGAGAGCUGGAUCAAGGAGAAGAAGCUGCUUGUCGGCUCCGACGACUAUGGUCGCGAUCUGACCGGCGUCCAGAACCUCAAGAAGAAGCACAAGCGUUUGGAGGCCGAGUUGGGCUCCCACGAGCCGGCCAUUCAGGCUGUGCAGGAGGCUGGCGAGAAGCUGAUGGACGUGUCCAACCUCGGUGUGCCGGAAAUUGAGCAGCGCCUGAAGGCUCUGAACCAGGCUUGGGCCGAGCUCAAGAACCUUGCAGCCACGCGAGGCCAGAAGCUGGAUGAGUCGCUGACCUACCAGCAGUUCCUCGCCCAGGUGGAGGAGGAGGAGGCCUGGAUCACCGAGAAGCAGCAGCUUCUGUCUGUCGAGGACUACGGUGACUCGAUGGCCGCUGUCCAAGGUUUGCUGAAGAAGCACGACGCCUUCGAGACGGACUUCACUGCCCACAAGGACCGCUGCUCCUUGAUCUGCGACCAGGGCAGUGAGUUGGUGGAGGCCAAGAACCACCAUGGAGAGUCCAUUGCCCAGCGCUGCCAGCAGCUGCGCCUCAAGCUGGACAACCUGUCCGCCCUGGCCGCCCGCCGCAAGGGAGCCCUGCUUGACAACUCGGCCUAUCUGCAGUUCAUGUGGAAGGCCGAUGUGGUCGAGAGCUGGAUUGACGACAAGGAGAACUAUGUGCGCUCCGACGAGUUCGGACGCGACCUGUCCACCGUGCAGACGCUGUUGACCAAGCAGGAGACAUUCGAUGCAGGUCUCAACGCCUUCGAGCAGGAGGGCAUCCACAACAUCACGGCUCUGAAGGACCAACUGAUCAACGCCAGCCACGCCCAGUCGCCGGCCAUCCUCAAGCGCCAUGGAGACGUCAUCGCCAGAUGGCAGAAGCUGCGCGACGCUUCCGACACGCGCAAGCAGCGACUGUUGGCCAUGCAGGAGCAGUUCCGCCAAAUCGAGGAACUCUACUUGACAUUUGCCAAGAAAGCUUCGGCCUUCAAUUCUUGGUUCGAAAAUGCCGAGGAGGAUCUCACUGAUCCUGUUCGCUGCAAUUCGAUCGAAGAAAUCCGCGCCCUGCGCGACGCCCAUGCCCAAUUCCAGGCGUCCCUUUCGUCGGCCGAAGCUGAUUUCAAGGCAUUGGCAGCACUCGACCAGAAGAUCAAGAGCUUUAAUGUUGGACCCAACCCCUACACGUGGUUCACCAUGGAAGCUCUUGAGGAGACCUGGCGUAACCUGCAAAAGAUCAUAGAGGAACGCGAUGGGGAACUUGCCAAGGAAGCCAAGCGCCAGGAGGAGAACGACAAGCUACGCAAGGAGUUCGCCAAGCACGCCAAUCUGUUCCACCAGUGGCUCACAGAGACAAGAUAUUAUAUGCUGGGUUAUAACCGUCAAGGAACGUCCAUGAUGGAAGGCUCCGGUUCCCUGGAACAGCAACUGGAGGCGCUUCGCGUCAAGGCCACCGAAGUGCGUGCCCGUCGCGUCGACCUCAAGAAGAUCGAGGAACUGGGCGCCCUGCUGGAGGAGCAUCUGAUCCUGGACAACCGCUACACGGAACACUCGACGGUGGGCCUGGCCCAGCAAUGGGAUCAGCUCGACCAGCUUUCCAUGCGCAUGCAGCACAAUUUGGAACAGCAGAUCCAGGCACGCAACCACUCGGGCGUCUCUGAGGACUCACUCAAGGAGUUCUCGAUGAUGUUCAAGCACUUCGACAAGGACAAGAGCGGCAAGCUGAAUCACCAGGAGUUCAAGUCCUGCCUGCGCGCCCUCGGCUACGACCUGCCCAUGGUGGAGGAGGGACAACCCGACCCGGAGUUCGAGGCCAUCCUCGAUGUGGUCGAUCCCAACCGGGAUGGCUACGUCUCCCUGCAGGAAUACAUCGCGUUCAUGAUCUCCAAGGAGACGGAGAACGUGCAAUCCUACGAGGAGAUCGAGAAUGCCUUCCGCGCCAUCACCGCCGCCGACCGCCCCUACGUCACCAAGGAGGAGCUCUACUGCAACCUCACCAAGGACAUGGCGGACUACUGCGUGCAGCGCAUGAAACCCUUCUCCGAACCGCGCUCCGGCCAGCCCAUCAAGGACGCCCUGGACUACAUAGACUUUACGCGAACGCUGUUCCAGAACUAAAGAGCCUGCAUUGUCUUGUUUAGUGGCGCCUGAGCAUAUGUCUUACAAUUUAAAGUAUAUUUCUAAAAACCAACAAAACCACAAAAAAAAAACAAACAAAAUUAUAUAUUUACACCAUUAUUUUCGAUAAUUUAGUCUAUAAGUCAAACAGUUUAAUGCUUAUUUAAGAACCUAUGCCACAAUGAACCUAAAAUCAACAAUAGCACCUUGCAAUACACAUAUUUAUCAAUCAACAUGAUAGUUUUCGCAUUUAUUUAACAACACCCCGAUGAAAGUAUCUUAAAUUUGGACGUUUCAGUUUGAGAAUUGGCCAGGCGUCAGGCCGCCGGAGAAGAUAUUUAAUCGAGGAUAUAAUCAAAGUAAUCUGAGCAACUUGCGCCUGAAGAGCAGAUACAGAUAAAAUGCUUAGCUUCCAGUUAUCGAUCAACUCACAUUUUUCAUAUUGAAUGUCUGUAACCUGUAACGAGCAUAGAUACAAUUGAAAUACCAAAAAGUUUAAGAUACUCUUGCUACCCAAAAAUACAUAAUAUUCAGCCUCCAGCCUUGUGUUUUCUCCAGUUUCUACGUGUAUUCGAAACGAAAGUAGUAAACUUUUUCAAAAACAAAAAAGCAAAAAAAAAAUCGAAGAAAAACCAAACAAUAAAUAUUUGCCUCUGUAUUGAACGUAUAUUUACAAUCCGUGAAUUGCAAAAAUAAAUAUAUUGCUGCAUGUCUAAAAA